AUGCUCCCCCACAAAUUGGCUAUCAGCACCAUUUCGCUGGGUCAGCAUCCUUCCCACGCUCUCGAUCGCAAGAUAAAAGCUGCGGCUCUAGCUGGAUAUUCUGGAAUCGAGUUGGUCUUCUCAGACCUCGAAGCGUAUUCUAGAACCAACGGACUCUCAAUCUUCGAUGCGGCCUACAAGAUCAAACAACUAUGCGAGAGCCUCAAGAUCGAAAUCAUUUCGCUAGCGCCCUUCGAAAACUACGAAGGAGACAGAUCCCCGCUGGGCCAACGAUUGCAGACAGCCACCCUCUGGAUCGGAAUAGCCAGAAUCAUAGAAGCGAGUUAUCUUCAGGUCCCUUCUCAAUUCAAACCCGAUGCUAUUGGGGACGAAUCUGUUAUUGUAUCGGACUUACAACAGCUGGCUGAUCUUGGAACUGCCGAGAGCCCUAUUGUUUCCAUCGCAUACGAAGCACUAUCAUGGGGAACUUAUUUUUCAACUUGGGAAUCAACAGUGACUCUGGCCGAAAAGGUUAACCGAUCCAAUUUUGGACUUUGCUUGGAUACCUUUCAUAUUGUUACGAAGUUGUGGGCCGAUCCAUUUGUAUCGUCGGGCAAGUUCCCCGAAGCAGAGAAGGCCCUGCAAGAUACGCUAGACCGCUUCGUUAAGAGCUGUCCCAUGGAAAAAGUCUUUUAUGUCCAGCUAUCUGACGGGGAGAAAUUCGAUCCACCAUUCUCUGAGGCACACUCAUGGUAUACAGAAGGCGAGGCACACCAAUUUACAUGGUCAAAAUAUGCACGACCGUUCCCUGGUGAAACUGAUUUGGGAGGAUACAUGCCCGUUAAUGAGAUUGUACGUGCCUGGAUUGUCGAAAAGGGAUAUAAGGGUUGGGUUUCCAUGGAAGUAUUUGACCGCCGUAUGCGCGAUGAGAACAGCAGACCGGAAGUUGCUGCAGCCCGCGGGGUAGAAUCAUGGGAAGGAAUACAGAAGGUUCUUAAAGGCUCUGGCGCAAUGUUGUGA